CAACCCACCCGGUUUGAGUUGAACCAGAGAGAGGCAGAAAGAAAGAGAGCCAGUCUGUCUUCAUUUUGUUUAAUUAAUUGUUUAUGAUGGAACACACCGGCAAGACGGUGGUUGUGAUAACCGGCUGUUCAAGCGGCGGCAUAGGGCACGCCAUGGCUCGCGAGUUCGCCUCCAAGAACUGCUUUGUGGUGCCAACGGCUCGAUCCCGCGCUGCAAUGCAGGAUCUUGAGAAUGACCCGCGGUUCUACCCUCAAGAACUCGACGUUCUGUCUGACCAGUCAGUGACGCGUCUUAUCUCCGGCGUUCUCCGGAAGUUCGGUCGGAUCGAUGUUCUUGUAAACAACGCCGGAGUGCUCAGCAUUGGACCGCUGGCUGAGAUCCCUUUAUCCACCAUUCAGCACACCUUCGACACCAAUGUGUUUGGAACGAUGAGGUUAGUUCAAGCUGUGGUUCCUCACAUGGCAUCCAGGAAAGAGGGAAAGAUUGUUAAUGUAGGCAGUUGUAUUGCUUUUGUUUCUGGAGCAUGGGCUGGUGCUUAUAGCUCAUCCAAAGCUGCUCUACAUUCUUUAACAGAUACCUUGAGACUGGAACUACGGCCUUUGGGGAUUGAUGUGAUCAAUGUGGUUCCUGGAGCAGUUAAGUCGAAUGUAGGAAACUCAGCAAUUGUGAGGUAUGAUGAUCAGAUGCCAGAAUGGAAGUUUUACAAAAGAUUUGAAGCAGCAAUUAGAGGAAGAGCCCUCCUCUCCCAGGUUCCAGGGGCGACCUCUACUGAAGAGUUUGCAAAACGGACUGUGACAGUGGUGCUUAAGAGGAACCCCCCAGCUUGGUUCUCAACCGGUCACUAUUCAACCAUUUCAGCAAUCCUCUAUCACUUGCCAUUGUUCAUCAAAGACUUCAUUGUCCGCAAAAAAAUGAUGAGUUGAAAUCUACAUUAGUUUCUGAAUUGGGAACCCUCCUUUCCUAAAGAUUUGUGCAUCAUAGGUUGAAUUUCAAGAUUUGGGGUGGGUUGGAGGAACUGGGCUACAUAUGUUCCAAUCCAAAUUUGGAAAAACAAGUCUGCGUGAGAUUUUUACUAAAGAGAUUUAAAUGCAAGAAUUGUAUCGUUUACUACUGUAAACCAACUCCAUAUAUGUGAUUAUGUGAAUCAGUGAAUGUAUUGAUAUAUAUCGUCCCUAGAGUUGUAAAGAAAGUCC